AUGAGUUAAAGCUAAAAGAAUUUCUUUGGUUUGAAAUAAUAAAAUUUUUAAAACUAGGAAGGAAUAUAUUUACCUAACAAUGAUGAUCAUUUAAAUGAUCUAAAUAAAUUAGGCUAACAAAAUACUUAGAUAUAGCGAAAUUAAGAAUAAAUAAAUUAUUUUGGAUAUAAUAAUAACAAUAUUGGUAGCUAAAGUUAGAGCCAAUUUUAAAUGAAUUCAUAAAAGCAAUUUUAAAAGUAGAUUUAAAAACCAGCAUUUUUAUCUUGUUAAUUUGAGUUUGUGUAAAAUAAUAAUUUGUAAUUCAAUCAAAAUCAAGAAUUAAUUCAAAAUAAUUAGAAUGUAAAUCUGAUAAAAAAUCAAGAUUUACAAAUAGAUUAAAAAUAAUAGCAAUAAUAAGAUCAUUUUCAAAAAUAAUCUGAGCAGAAAUUUAAUUAGGAUUGUAAAAUAUAAAUUACUUAAAAUAAUAAUUAGGAUAUUAAUGGUGAAAUUUAGCAACAAUUUGAAAAUAUUUAAAUACAAUCAUAAAAUGAUUAAUAAUUAAAAAAAUAAACUAAAAUAUUUGAAGUUACGCCAUAACCUGAUUAAGACUAACAAAUUUAAAAUAAUUAAUUUUAAGAUAAUGAAGAAUUAAUUGAUUUAGAAUAAUAAUAAAACAAUAAAAAAUAAUUAAAUUUGACAAAAUAAUAAUUCUAAGCUUAACAGCCAUCAAAUAAAUAAAUUUUAACAAAGAAUAAUUGGAGUACUUAGCAACCAACAUUAACUUGCAGGGAUAAUUAAAGUAAUCAACAAAAAAUUAAUUAAUUGAGUUAAAAAAAUAUCUAAAAUUAAUGCAAUGAAUUGUUAAAAAUUAAAUUACAAUUACCUAAAAUCUAUAUUAAAUAAACCGAUUAGCAGGCUACAUUUAAUAACUAAAUGAAUAAUAAUAAUAUUAAUUAGCAAUAACAUGAAUAUCAAUAGAAUGAAGAAUAAAAAAAUAAUUAAAAUAAUUUGAAAUAUUUUAAUAAUUAAUAAAUUUAAAAUCAUAGGCCAAGAUAUUUUACCUAAUAAUACAAUAAUUUAGAAAAUUUAAAAAAUGAUUAACAAGUUUAUUCAUAACAAUAACAGUUAGCCUUUGGUAAUUAAUACAAUUCUAAUUCAUAAAAUAUGAAUCUUAACUAAAAUCUUAAUUUUAAUUCUAAUACAUUUGAAUAACCUAACAACUAUAAUAACAAUACAUAGUAAUAACUCGUAGCUAACUAGAAAGUGAUUAACAAUGCUAAUUAAGAAUAUUAAAGUGAUUAAGAAUAGUAGUAGUACAUCAAUUAGAAUAAUUUGAAAUUUGCAUAGAAUCAACUAAUUAAUAAUUAAUAAAUUUAUCAUCAACGACCAAGAUAUUUUACCUAAAAUUAUGAAGAUUAUAAAAAUUGUGAAUAAUUUUAAAAUUUUUAAUAAUAAGAACAAUAAUUUUAAUAACAAUUAGCAGGUGAUAAUUAAUAGAAUUUUAAUUUAAACAACAUGAAUAUUAACUAAAACGUCAAUAUAUCUAAUUAGAACAAAUUCGAGACAUCUAAUAACUAUGGCAAAAAUAUCAACUAGCAAGUCGGAAAUAAUAACUAGAUGAAUAAUGGUGUAAAUUAACAAUAGUAUUUCUUUCAAAAUAACUAAGAGUAAAACAAUAACUAAAAUAAUUAGAAAUUUGUAUAGAAUCAACUAAUUAAUAAUUAAUAAAUUUAUUAUCAAAGACCAAAAUAUUUUACCUAAUAAUAAGAUAAUUUAUAAAAUUGUGAAUAAUUUUAAUAAUAAGAACAAUAAUAUUAAUAGCAAUUAGCAUGUGAUAAUUAAUAGAAUUUUAAUUUAAACAAUAUGAAUCUUAACUAAAAUGUCAAUAUGCCUAAUAUAAAUUUGAACAAAGUUGAGCCAUCUAAUAACUAUAGCAAAAAUACCAACUAGUUAGUCGGAUUUAAUAGCCAAAUGAAUAAUGGUUUAAAUUAACAAUAGCAUAUCUAUCAAAAUAACUAAGAGUAAAAUAAUAAAUAAAAUAAUUUGAAAUUUUAAUAGAAUCAAUUAAUUAAUAAUUAAUAAAUUUAUCAAUAAAAACCAAGAUACUUUACCUAAUAGUAUGGCAAUUUUUAAAAUUGUGAAUCAUUUUAAAAUCUUUAAUAAGAACAAUAAUUUUAAUAGCAAUUAGUCUGUGAUAAUUAAUAGAAUUUUAAUUAAAACAAUAUGAAUGUUAACUAAAAUGCCAAUUUACCUGAUAUGAAUUUGAACAAAUUUGAGCCAUAUAAUAACUAUGACAAAAAUAUGAACUAGUAAGUUGGAUUUGAUAAUCAAAUAAAUAAAGGUGUUAAUUAACAAUAGCAUAUAUAUCAAAACAACUAACAGUAAAACAAUAACUAAAAUAAUUUGAAAUUUGCAUAGAAUUAAUUAAUUAAUAAUUAAUAAAUUUAUCAUCAAAGACCAAGAUAUUUAACCUAAUAAUAUGACAAUUUUGAAUCAUUUUAAAAUCCUUAAUAAUAACAACAAUAAUAUAAAUAGCAAUUAGCCUGUGAUAAUUAAUAGGAUUUUAAUUUUAACAAUAUGAAUCUAAACUAAAAUGUCAAUAUGCCUAAUAUUAAUUCGAACAAAUUUGAGCCAUCUAAUAACUAUGGGAAGAAUACCAACUAGUAAAUAGGAUUUAAUAACCAAAUGAAUAAUGGUUUAAAUUAACAAUAGCAUAUCUAUCAAAAUAACUAAGAGUAAGACUAUAACUAAAAUAAAUUAAAAUUUGCAUAGAAUCAACAAAUUAAUUAAAAUGAUUAACAUAUUCAAGAAGUACAAUAACAAUAAUAACAAUUAGCCUUAACGGGUUAACAUUAUUUUAACUCUAACAAAAUAUAUGGUUUUAACUAAAAUAAUCAACAAUAAAACCUUUAAUAAAUUUAAGUUUUGAAUAAUAAAUAGUAACAAGUAAAUAAUAAGAGAGGUGAUUCCAAUGAUAAUAAUUUUAAUUAAAAUGAAAAAAAUUAAAAUAUUCCUUUUGUUAUUUAGAAUUUAAAUUAAUAAUAAGAAAUAUAUAAAAUUAAACAUAAGUGCUUAUUUUCAGUAAUUGAACCUGAAUAAUUCUUUAAUAUUAACCUUAAAAUUUUAAAUAAUUCAGUUAACAGAUAAAAUGAAUAAGGAAGACCAAAUGAUGAAGAUGAAAUAAGGCUAAAUAUUUUAUAAAUUAUUUUUGAGCAAUAUGAAUUUUAAAAAAUUUUACCAUUUGUUCACAAACUUUUUCAUAAAGAAAAACUUAAAAUAAGAAUUUUGUCAGAAGACUCAUUUUAAAUUAUUAUAAAAAUAAUGAAUAUUUUAUAUCAAAGUAUUGAAAUUAACAAAACAGAAAUAUAUGAUAUUAUUUAUGCCAUCCUUUAAUCAAGGUGUUUAAUAGAUUUUCUCUAAAAAUAAGAAAAAGUAGAAAAUACAAUUUCCAAAGAGUUUAUUGAGUCAACAUUUACAUUAGUAUAAAUUUGGAAAUAUUUAAUUUUUAAUUUUGGAGAAUAUUACCAUACAAACGAUAUUAAUUAAUUAGGAAGUUUCUUAGGUUAUAUUUAUGAUAAUAAUUAUUAUCCAGAUGAAGAAAGAUUAAAUGAAUUCUUAGAAAUUUUGAAUUUAUUGAAUGAUCAAAAUACUUUAAAUUAUACUCUUUUCAGAUCUUAAUAAGAAUAAUGAUUGAUUUAUAAUUUAUUAUGUACAUUAUUAAAAUAUUUAACUAUCUUAAUUAAUUAGAUAAAUUGAUAAUUAAUACAGAAA